AUGGAUAAAGACUGUCGGAUGUUGGAUGUCGGAUGCGAUCGAGAGGCGAUAAGUGAAGUGAAACGGAAAGUCGGCGGCGUCUGGUCAAGCUGGUUCCCCAUUUUCUACAGCGCCGCUCCACGCGGAUCCUGCGCCAGCUGUUGUGCGAUUAAGGAGCGCGAGGACAUCAAAUUCAUGCUGUACACCAGGCGGAACCGCAAUGCUGCGCAGAUGCUACACCUGAGCGACGAUGCCCGGCUGGCGCAAAGCAAUUUCAAUUUCAAUUACCCGCUGGCCAUCUACCUGCACGGCUUCUCGGAGUCGGCCACCGGCGAGCGUCAGAGCAGCCAGGAGUUGAAGGACGCCUUCCUGCGAAGAGGAAACUACAACGUGGUCCUCAUCGACUGGAGCGCAAUGACAGCGGUGCCCUGGUACUCAAAUGCCGUAGAGAAUCUGCCGGUGACGGCCCGCUAUAUAGCCAGAUUCCUGCGAUAUCUGGUGGACAAGGGUUAUCCUGCCAAGCACAUACAUUUGAUUGGUUUCAGUCUGGGUGCGGAGGUGGCCGGUUUUGCUGGCAAGCAACUGCAGGAAUGGGGCAUUAAGCUGACUAGGAUAACGGCUCUGGAUCCAGCACUACCUCUUUUUGAAGGCAAUAGCUCCAAUCGGCGCCUGAGUCCCAGCGAUGCACGCUUUGUGGAUGUCAUCCAUACGGAUGGCGGUAUCCUAGGCAACCCUGCACCCAUGGGACAUGCAGACUUCUAUCCGAAUGGAGGAAGACCCCUACAGCCUGGUUGUGCCAAGCAGGAAAUAGCCAAUAAUCGCUGGCUGGGCAUAAUUAUUGGCUGCAGUCACCAGCGUGCCUGGGAGUACUUUGUGGAGAGCAUAGCACAGCCUCGAGGAUUUCCUGCCCAACGAUGCGAAACCUCGGAAGCUAUUGGAGCCUGCCGGGAGCCAGGAAAUGGCCAAGCCUUCAUGGGCAUGGGAGCGGAUCCCAGGAUACGUGGCAAAUUCUUUCUGGAUACGAACGAUGCCAGACCCUUUGGGAGAAAUAGCCGGGCGAGGUCGAUUGUCUCGCUGGCUCCUCAGCUGCCAAUUGCCUACAAAUUGCCCCCAAAUGCCACCAGACAGACAUCUGUCAAUCGGUGGGCUCCCGUCUCCGGUUCUGGUGAGGAGCAGCACCAGCAGCAGCAGGACGACAACAAUGCGCUGAGCAACAACAUUGACGGCUUCUCCUCACUGACGUGACGGAAUUUGCUGUCGGUUUUCGAGGGAGAUUUUUCUGUGUGGGAGUCGGCAUCCCCGGAGUGUCCUCCGACAUCGGUUGAGAUUUAUGUGAGCGGCGUGAUUAUAGUAAGUCGUUGUCCCUUGCUCCUCUCGCUACCGCAUCAGCUCCAUGUUGCAGUUGUGGCAACA